AUGGCGGCCAGCGGCAGCUCGGAGCGCGGUCCUCCUGCCUUCCCCGAGGACAGAGAGCCUGAGGCCGGACACAGAGAGCCUGAGGACGGGGACCAGGAGGAGGGAGAGGACAUCUUCGUCAACACCAGCGGGUCUGUUGGAGUCAGCGCUGGAUUCUCUGAGCCUCAGACCCAGUCCCAGCCUCUGUCUGAGCCUCUGGACCUGUUCAGUGAAGCAGACCCCUCGGCCCAGUCAACACUAACGGGGUUCACUCUGACGACGAGGGCGACCUGUUUGCCGCCGGAACAAUCAGUUGUCCCUAGGGUGCUGUGGCGAGGGCGGGGUGGGGUCCUUAGGGUGCUGAGUUGGGGUGGGGUGGGGUCCUUAGGGCGGGCGGGUGAGGUCCUCAGGGUGCUGUGUGGAGCAGGGUGGGGUCCUUUGGGUGCUGUGGCGAGGGCGGGGUGGGGUCCUUAG